CUGAGCUGCCACUCUUGUGGACUGAAGGUCCAUUUCUCUCCUGUUCAUCUUCCACCUAAUCUUUGGUCACGCUUGUGCAAAGGGUCCCAUCCCAGACCCUCACUCCGGCUUUCUUCCCUGGGGCUCGCAGCCUACCUGUGAUCAGGUCACGCUGGUAUAACAGCAUCAUUCACAAUGCCAGAGCCCACAACUAAAGAAACCACCAGUGCUCCUCCUGAAGGUGAGUAAAACACCCCAUACUUUAAAAUUGUACUGUAUGAGCAGAGGUCAGAGGUCAGACAGCUGUCUGAGGUCCCGUGUGUAGGUGCGACUUGAUCUGUGCUUGAACGAGAGUAAACAUGACGUCGGGGAUGAAGACGCAACAGAUGCAACACUCAAGACUCUUGGAAGAUUGAUUGGGACGGUGGAACAUGAGGAAGUUUAACACGGAAAGGUUCAUGUUAGGGUUAGGGUUAGGGUUAGGGUUCAGGUUAGUCAUCAUCACUGCAGGACUCCCAGUUUUGUUAGCAGUGUUAGACGGUGAAGGUCUCAAUGUGAAAACAUGCCCAACGCCAUAGCUGCAUAGAGUAUAAACUGGAAAAAAUUAUUAUUACAGCUCUGGCAAACGAAUAACUGUCUCCUCAUGCAAUUCUCAAUGAGAACCACCUAUGCUGUGAAACACCCCCCUCACAUGGGCCAUUCGAACCCCUAAGGACCUCCAACAGAUUUGCGAAGCCCUGAAGUUCUGUGUGCCGCUUGAAGGCUGGGUCGACCUUCAUAGUGUAGCUCGGAAGCCCCAAGUCUCUGUCAUAAAGCCCACUGGUACAGCAUUUUUGCUUGCUACAGUGUUUGUCACAUGUACUCGAUCAGUGCAAAACUUGUAUGCUGAUAUCAUACAAGGUCUCCCUCCCCCUGUCGAUCUACCCCACAUGUCAUAGCAGCUUUUCUGUUCCCGUCACGCCAGCCGGCUCUUGUGUCGUCGCCUGACAGGACGUGCGCCUUCAUACUCUGUGCUUGGCCCCUGUGCUUUGGUGGUGCGGAGUGUCACCCCCCUGUGUCUGUCAUGUGUACUCAGAGAAUGUUGCCCCAGACAGUAUUGAGGCCCUGCCCCUCCCUGAGAUCUCACUUGAGAUUUCUCCGCCAGGUGGGUGCCUGUGUACUCUCACCAUCCCAUUCGCUCGUCUGUUACUUCCUGUUACACCCAUUUGCUUUUAGCUCUCUGUCCCAGGUUCAUCCGCUCCCAUCUUUUUCCUCUGCUGUCUGCUUCACUGUCAUCACGGUCCAGUGCCUUAGAUACGUCUCUCUCCAUCGAUAUCUUCUCUCUUUAUCUGUUUGUUUAAUCCUCACUGUUUGUUUCACGGUUGUACUGGCACACUUUUUUGGUGAUGUUCCUGUCACGUAUUUUUGUUUGUUUGUACACACUUUCUGGGUGGUCAGAGGUCCUUACUACCUUCAUUUUGUUUACACCCCUGCCUCUCCUUUCUACAUGACCCAUUGAGGCAGCUGAAUGCACUCAGGCAACAUGGAAACACACACACACACACACACACACCAACCAGCCUCUCAUGACUACUGGCAGGCUAACACACACAAUCCCGUCAUACUAAUCUGUGGCUCCUUAUAGAAACACCUGUCUGUAUAUACAUACUUUGACAAUUGCAUCACACUGGUCACAUGUCUAAACAUGCUUGAGCACUGAACACAUACAUAUGAUUAAACAGACACACACACACAGUUGCACAGCCUUGCACUGGCCUUGCUGCCCCGUCUGCCUGGCUGCUCGGUCCUGCUGCUGCCACUGGCUUCUUGGUGCACGAUUCGCAUGGGUUUGCACGUGUGAAUGAGCUGUGACGGGGGGGGCACCUUGGACCCCAGCCUCUCUCACAGUGUAGAGCAGGAGCUGUUCUCCAAACUCCGUGCUCAGCAGAUGUCUGUGGCGGGUGGACAAACGGAAGGCCUCAUGCCUCCUGGCCCUUGAUCUGGCUUUCAGUGCUUUUAUAAACAUCCAAUUUCUUAAUGAGUAAAAAACCCCAUCAGAAUGUGGCAUAAAUGGUAAUGUCCGCUGAAUUUCAUGAGAGCGGUUAAUGCAAAUGCCACUCUUUUAAAUCAAAAUUCAGACUCGUCACAGAGUGAAAUUUCAAAAUGCACAGAUGCACAGAGCUGGAUAAUGCUGCUUAUCAAUGAAUCACUGCACUGCAGAUAUAGAAUACUAGACUGACAAUUUACUUUAACCUUUCAUUAGCUUGUUCUACAAUACACUUGCUAUAAAGCCUUGACAAUCUUUUGUUGUGAAUGAAAAUACGAGUAAAGAUUUGGUUCUUAUACAUCACAGCUCAACUCUUCUUUCAAAUACAACCGUGGCUUCCAAGGCUGAGGACUGGUCUAGUCAUUCUAUAUCUAUGCCAACCACCUAAUGCAUUGCAGUGCAAUGCAGCUGGUUAAGCGUUGCUCCAGUGUUGUGCUCGCCCAGUGCUUUUGCAGCCUGGGUGAUGCACUGAAGGCCCACUGCUUUAGCUGGAGGGUGGGGGUGCUAUGUGUACUGUACAGAAGCUGCAAACGAGGUACCAGAGCCAGUGGUAAUGGGGGAAAUGAAGGAGUCCAUGGAGGGCAAGGUGACGGAGCCCAUAGUGGCUGUAGACGCAGGGGUCACGGAGGAGGUGCCCUGCAUGUCCCCUCCCCCUGCCUCGCCUUGCCCAGAGCUGCCAAAGAACAUGGAGCAGGAGGGCACCGGGCUGGUCCCCGCGGCGGCAACUCCACCUACACCUCCACCUCCCAUCCCAGAAGGGCGGAAGCUGGGUGUGACCUUCAGGCUCUGUGCUUGUAUAAAGAUGAGGAUACCGGCAUCAGCACCCCUUCACCGCCGCCCCCUUCAGACGACGCCGGUUCACUCAAGAAACUGUCUGUAGACCUUGCUAAUGAUAGCGUUCCUGAGUCAGCUGUGGGGAGGAAGGACUCAGUGUGGUCCCUGGGAGAUGGACAGCCUCCAGAGGACUUGGACAAGCAGAUUGAGACCCCCCCACUCUCCACCCUGCUCAUCGAGAAGCCACAGACCACCUCCAUCAACGUGGGGGGCGAUGCCAGUUUCAUUGCUAAGGUGGAAGCCAAAGACCUGCUCCGGAAACCCACAAUUAAGUGGUUCAAGGGGAAAUGGAUGGACCUGGCCAGCAAGACCGGGAAACAUCUGCAGCUAAAGGAGAGCUUUGACCGUUUCACCAAGAUCCACACCUUUGAGAUGCACUUCAUUAAGGCCAAGGCGGACUACUCCGGGAAUUACAGAUGUGAAGUCACCUACAAGGACAAGUUUGACAGCUGCUCCUUCGACUUUGAAGUUAAAGAUGUUCCAGAAGCUGCUCAAAAUAUCGACAUCCGCUCUGCUUUUAAGAGAAGCACUGAUGGGCAAGAAGACGCAGGAGAGCUUGACUUUAGUGGCCUCCUUAAACAUAGAAACAGCAGGGAGCCCAAGCAAGAGGAGGUGCCCGAGGUAGAUGUGUGGGAGAUCUUGAAAAAUGCCCGACCAGACCAGUAUGAGAAGAUCGCCUUCAUGUAUGGAAUCACAGACCUGCGGGGCCUGCUCAAGAGGUUGAAAAAGACCAAGAAGGAGGAGAAGAAGAGCGAAGCUUUUGCGAAGAAGUUAGAACCUGCAUAUCAAGUAGACAAGGGAGGGAAAAUCCGGCUUGUGGUGGAGUUGGCAGACCCAACAGUGGAGCUGAAGUGGUACAAGAAUGGACAGGAGAUCCGUCCUACUCCAAACCAAAGGAAAUAUAUCUUUGAGCACAAGGGCACCCAACGGAUCAUGGUCAUCAACAACUGCAGCAAAAAUGAUGAUGCUGCCUAUUCCGUUCGCGCUGGUGAUGAGAAGUGCAGCACUGAGUUGUUUGUUAAAGAGUUGCCGGUGAAUAUCGUCAAAGAGCUCGAACCUGUAAAUACCACAGUAAAUGAGAGAAUCGAGCUGGAGUGCGAGGUGUCUGAAGAGGGAGCCCAAGUCAGAUGGCUGAAAAAUGGUGUGGAGGUCCAGACUGGAGCUCGCUCACGCUACCGGAUCAAGAGCGAGGGAACCAAGCACCUGCUGAUCAUUGAUGAUGCUACGAGGGAGGACUCAGGCACCUACUCCCUCAUGGCCACUGGGGGCACUAGUCAGGCCAAAGUGAAAGUUGACUUGAAACCCCUGAAGAUCAUACAGGACCUGAGUGACAUAACGAUUCGCCUGGGCCAGCCACUGAAAUUGCACUGUGAAAUCUCCCCGGGAAACGUGCCCGGCCGCUGGUACCGCAAUGGGCAGGCGAUCCAGGCCAUUGAACGCAUCAACAUCUUGCAAAGAGCCAGGAACCACAGGUUAGAGAUUGAAAGCUCCGUAAUUGCCGAUGCAGGGGAUUACACAUUUGUGCCUGAGGGAUAUACUCAGAAGCUCUCCGCCCAUGUGCAUAUCAUAGACCCCCCAAGAGUUCAUCUGGACCGUCUGAACUUCCCUGACAACACUGUGACCAUCGUAGCUGGUAACAAGCUGAGGCUAGAGGUCCCCAUCAGCGGAGAGCCGGCCCCCAGAGUGGUGUGGAUGAAGGGGGAGCGGGUGAUUCUGGACACGGGCAGCCGUGUUCGAGCUGAGACCUUCCCUGACCACACCAGCCUGACCAUUGAUAUCACAGAGCGGGAAGACACAGGAAAUUACAAGAUUGUACUCCAGAAUGAGGCGGGUGAAGACUCAGCCAUUGUCAAGGUGAAGGUUGUGGAUAUUCCUGAUCCACCAGAAGCCCCUCUCGUUACUGAAGUGGGGGGAGACUGGUGCUUUAUGUCAUGGAGUCCCCCUCACUAUGAUGGAGGGUCACCCAUCUUAGGCUACUUCAUAGAGAGGAAAAAGAAGCAGAGCUCCCGAUGGAUGCGGCUGAACUUUGACCUCUGCAAAGAGACCACCUUUGAGCCCAAGAAGAUGAUCGAGGGGGUCCCCUACGAAGUGCGCAUCUUUGCCGUGAAUGCCAUCGGCGUAUCCAAACCCAGCGAGCCCUCGAAAUCGUUCGUGCCCCUGGCGGUGACCAGUGAGCCCACAAUGCUGGUGGUGGAUGAGGUCACGGAUACCACGGUGACCAUGAAGUGGCGGCCGCCAGACACCAUUGGCGCGGCGGGGCUGGACGGAUACAUGCUGGAAUGGUGCCUCGAAGGAUCUGACGAGUGGAUUCCUGCUAACAAGGAACUUGUAGAGAAGACCAAGUACACCAUUACUGGCCUGCCAACAGAGGGCAAGAUCCUAGUGCGUGUCAUGGCAAUCAAUGCUGCAGGAGCCAGCCAACCCAGGACCACCCAGCACGCCAUCCUGGUCAAAGAGGUGGUAGAGGCGCCCAAGAUUCGAGUGCCUAGGCAUCUGAAGCAGACGUACAUCCGUAAAGUUGGGGAGGCUGUCAACCUCGUCGUACCUUUUGUGGGCAAACCCAGGCCUAAGGUGACCUGGCUGAAGGAAGAGCAGAUCGUGGAGCCGUCGCAGGUCAGCAUCCGCAACACGGACUGCGACAGCAUCUUCUUCAUCCGCAAAGCUGAGCGGAAGCACUCCGGGAAGUAUCAGAUGAGUGUUCAGGUGGAGAAGCACGUGGACACUGCCAUCCUGGACAUCCAGAUAGUGGACCUUCCAGGCCCUCCUCAGGCAGUUAAAAUAGAUGAAGUGUGGGGCGUCAACGUGGCGCUGGACUGGACCCCCCCGAAAGACAAUGGCAACGCCCCUAUUACUGGCUACACCAUUCAGAAAGCGGACAAGAAAACCAUGGAGUGGUACACCUGCAUAGAGCACUACCAUCGCACCUGCAUCACCAUCCCCGACCUGGUGGUGGGGAACGAGUACUUCUUCCGUGUGUAUUCGGAGAAUAUGUGCGGACUGAGCGAGAGCGCGACCGUGACGAAGGACAGCGCCCUUAUUGUCAAGGAAGGCCUGAACCUGAAGAUUCCGGAUUACAACGAGUACGAUUUCACUGAGGCCCCCAAGUUCACCCAGCCGCUGAUCAACACGUUUGCUGUGGCAGGUUACAACACCAGGCUCAACUGCAGUGUCCGUGCCAAUCCCCGGCCUAAAGUCAUGUGGAUGAAAAACAAGAUUAUAAUCCUCGACGACCCACGCUACCGCAUGUUCAGCAACCAGGGCGUCUGCACGCUGGAGAUUCGCAAACCCAGUCCCUACGAUGGGGGCGUCUACACAUGCAAGGCCAUCAAUGAUCUUGGGGAAGCACAGGUGGAGUGCAAGCUGGAGGUCAAAGUCACCAAGGAAUUGUGAAUGUACUGUAUGUUCUCAUCCAAGGGGGGAUGAACUUCUCUGACCUGCUGCAUCGCGGAGUUCCUUUACAUCUGAUUGAUAAGUUUAUGAACGAGUCAAAAUUGCCUGAGCCAGAGAAGAAGUGAUCGGAAUACUGGCUUCUGCACUGGAGCUUCACCCAUCCCUCCUUCGUCCCAGCCAUCUGCAGCCAAUCAGGGGCUCGUGGAAGGAAAGGGGGCGGGGCUUCAACACAGCAUGCUGUCUGUACUGCAAGAGUGGAGCUUGUUGCCAUAGACUCAGUAUAUAUACAGCUGUUUCAGGCCCUGUCUUAUUAAAGGCUGAUGUUUAACAACUAUUUCAAGCUCAAAAGCAUGUCAGUGGUGUUUUUGGCAAACUGCUUUGUGUGAGACAUGUUUGGUAGUGUGGAAAAUUUGAAUGAAUAGUUCUGAUUUCACUCAACAGUGAUUUGUACGUGUCAAGGGGAGACUGCGGUAAACGCCCUCAUUUGGGAGCUGAAUAGAGGGGAAGAAGUUUAAGGAAGGUCUCUUGAUUUUUGACAGAAGUCUGUUUAAACCAGCCUCUAGCCAGUACCUUGGUGAU